AUGGUGACCCCCUGCCCCACCAGCCCCGUGAGCCCCGCCGCCCGGGCCGGGAGGCGGGACGCCCCAAACCUCGGUGCCCCGGUGAAGAAGAGCAGGCGUCCACGCCUCCGAAGGAAGCAGCCGCUGCAGCCGCUGAACCCGUGCCCGCUCCCCGGAGAUUCUGGCGUGUGCGACCUGUUCGAGUCCCCCAGCUCCGGCUCGGACGGCGCGGACAGCCCCGCGGCGCGAGGCUGCAGCCCCCGACCUGGUCCUGCCCAGCAGCGGGUGCAGCUAGACCUACAGACCUUCCGCGACUACGGUCAGAGCUGCUACGCCUUCCUCAAGGCGCGGGAGAGCCACUUCCACCCGCGGGAGUCGUUGGCGCGGCAGCCACAAGUAACGGCGGAAUCCCGCUGUAAGCUGCUCAGCUGGCUGAUCCCCGUGCACCGCCAGUUCGGCCUCUCCUUCGAGUCGCUGUGCCUGACAGUGAACACCCUGGACCGCUUCCUUAUCACCACACCUGUGGCUGCAGACUGCUUCCAGCUGCUCGGAGUCACGUCCCUGCUCAUCGCUUGCAAACAGGUGGAGGUGCACCCGCCGCGCGUGAAGCAGCUCCUGGCCCUGUGCUGCGGCGCCUUCUCCCGGCAGCAGCUCUGCAACCUCGAGUGCAUCGUGCUGCACAAACUGCAUUUCAGCCUGGGCGCACCGACCAUCAGCUUCUUCCUGGAGCAUUUCACUCACGCACGCGUGGAGGCCGGCCAGGCCGAGGCCUCCGAAGCCCUGGAAGCCCAAGCCGUGGCGCGCGGGGUGGCGGAGCUGAGCCUGGCUGACUACGCUUUCACCAGCUACACGCCCUCCCUGCUGGCCGUCUGUUGCCUGGCGCUGGCAGACCGUAUGCUGCAGCUCCCUCGCCCGAUGGACUUGCGCCUGGGCGGGCACCCGGAGGCCACGCUGCAGGACUGCUUGGACAAGCUGCAGCUACUGGUGGCCAUAAACAGAAGCUCCCUGACUCACAUGCUGCCCCUCCAGAUCUGCGAGAAGUGCAGCCUGUCCCCGAACUUGAAGUAA